AGGCUUUCUGAAUGCUUGCUGGUACAAGCUUACAACUUAACACAAAUUUACUCCCUAGAUACGCUGCUAGUGGCCAGCCUGGACACGGAUAAUUUCGAAUAUCCCGUUUAGAAAUCCAAGCAGUGCAACUAUAGAACACUGGAAGAAGAGCCCCAUUAUAUCAUUCGCUUAUCACCGCUCCGACGUAUCUGAUUUCCUGAUUAGCCGCGAACCGCUAGUCACUAUCGAUAUCGUGCAAAUUAUCAACAAUUGCGUAUAGGCUGCCGGAGAUAUCGAACAAAAUGAGUUCCGGGCCCACCAUCUGCCACAUUUUGGAUUUUCCGAAUGAAAUUUUGAUCAAAAUUAUCUCACAUUUAAACGCCAGAGAGCGUGUUCCGCUGGGUAAUUCAUGCAAGAAAUUACACAGUCUUGUAUUCGAAGAGAAAGAAUUAUUAAGGAAUUUAGAUUUUUCCAAGGACGGACGCUUGACAUCAGCUUCUGACAUCCGUCAAUAUUUCAACAACAGCAAUGCAACCGAGUACAUUCUGAGAGUAAAUUUAAGAAACGUAAAUUGUAUGGAACCAGAGCAGAUGCUUAACGAUUACAUCGGCAAGGCGGUCAACAUAGUUGACAUAAACGUACAUGGCACAAGAUUUGAAGACAUACGAGAGUUGGAAUAUUUCCUAAAGUCAAUGCCGCAUAUAAAGAGACUCUCUAUCGACUGGCCACGACGAACGGAAGAUAACUCUGCACCUUGCUGCAAGGCUCUACGAGGGACGUUAAGCAGACUCACGUAUUUGUCAGUACGAAUGUGGCAUGCACCUCAUGCAAAAAAGUUUAUCCGUUAUUUACAACUUUGUCAAAAACUCAAGGAACUACGCAUGAUUGGAAGGAGAACCUGCUUUGUUGCCGAAGGAGACUGCGUUCUGAGCUUAGAACCUAAAAUACUUAGGAACCUCGAAACCGUUGAGUUUUGUGGACCCUGCACCGACGGCGAGAAGGAUUACUUCAUGGCUUUGCUUCCGGAACUUGAGAAAUGGACCGACUUUCAAUUUCCCAAACAUUACAUUGGGAAUGGUUUUUACUUUGAAAAAAACGUGCAAGUUUGCGAGGAGCUACUCGAGAUGAAUUGGAUUCUAAACAUUGCUCCCAAUAUUUACUUCGACGAAUAUGUUGAAUUUGGCCGAUCUGUGCUCUCUGAAUGUCUUUUGACAGAAGUGAUUAAAAUCACGCAUAAAGAUGGGCCAGAAGAUUUCUGUUGUUUAUCUCUACUCAAUGAAACAGACAUAUGUGUUGUCAAGAUCGAUGAGGCAAAGCGACUGCUGAAAGAUCCAACUUAUCAAAUUUCCUAUUUACGUAUCAAUCAUAACAUAGAAACAAAUUGUGACGUGCAUUUAGUCGUAUCCGCUUUUCCAAAACUGACCGAACUUGUUUUAUCCAACGUAACAGAAGUUUCGGGUUCGAAGAGAGUACACCCUCAGAGACGACUUAGGAAAAGAAAUAGUACAAUACCUAGAAAAGAGGAUGAUCUAAGAAACAAAAAUCUAGAUUCAUCUUUUAAACUGCUCGUUGAGAAUUCGCCUCAGCUUAGAGACCUGACGCUGGAUACUAAUUACAGCACGUUCGAAGAUGAUAGAAUGUGGGACUUGGAUGCUAUGCACCUAAUCUCAGGUUGGACGAAUCUCAGAACCUUACGUUUGUCAUCGAUACCGAUCGAGGACGGUAUUUUUCUCACUGAAAUCGGAAGGACAUGCAAGUAUUUGGAGAUAUUAGAAUUGUACGAUCUGGGUCCCGGGGAUGUUUGCUGCUACAUCGAUGAACUGUGUCAAAUGCUUUCCGACCUCAAAACCCUGAGAGAAUUCAGAAUUCAUCAGGACAACAUUGGCGAAGUGUCUCAAGUCUUCGUCUCACUCGCCAACAACGUGCAACUAAGGAAAGUUUACAUGAUAAGUGAUGGCGAAAUGAACACCACGAAUAAUUUGAUAUCCUCUGUCGAACACUUGCUUUGUUCGUGUUCAAAAUUAACUACAUUCCAAUGUAUAAUUGACGAAAUAUCCGAAGCCGAUUCUGUGGCAUUGACGACCGUGUUGAGAAGUUUCAAGCGCAAAGUUAGGCGACCAAAUUUCCAAUUCCAAGUUGUUUGGUCUAUGGAUCUGGUAGUGGAUGAUUCUGAAGCGCUGAAAGAAGACACCAUUUGUGAGGACGCCCUGCCUCUAACCUUCCCCUGUGACAUGGGUAUGGCACAUCGUUCGUAGAGUGCGC